AUGGAUCGUCAAGAUAAUUCAUCAAUUUCUUCAUUCCAUGAAGUUAUGACAGCAAACCCUAAUAUUCCAUCAACACAUAAGAAAAGAGGUGGGAGGAAGAUAUUCAAGGAGACGCGCCACCCCUUAUACAGAGGAGUACGGCGGAGGAACAACGCCAAAUGGGUGUGUGAAGUGCGUGAACCAAACAAGAAAUCAAGAAUAUGGCUUGGGACAUUCGCCACCCCAGAAAUGGCAGCCAGGGCACACGAUGUGGCGGCGUUGGCCCUGCGAGGUGGUGCCGCUGCCCUGAACUUCAAUGACUCUGCUUGGUGCCUCCCUAGGGCCAAAUCUUCAUCCCAUAAAGAUAUACAAAUUGCUGCUCUUCAAGCUGCUAAUAAUUUUACUCCACCAUUAAUGGAAUUAUCUCCUUGUUCUUCCUCUAAUAAUUCACUGAAUUCGUCGAAUCUAUCGAGGGAAAAUCUCAAAAUAAAAUCUCCCAACUCGUGGGCGGAUUCAUCGAAUAUGGAAAACGAGUUCUUGGACGAGGAAGCAGUGUUUAACAUGCCAGGAUUGCUCGACAGCAUGGCAGAGGGGAUGCUCCUGACUCCACCAGCUAUGAAGAAUGGAUUUAGUUGGAGCAAUGAGGUUGAAAAUUAUAGUGAUUUCACAUUGUGGAGAGAUUGA